GUCAUCACUAGCAGAAGGCGGGAGCGUGGGUACAUCAGCAUCAGCCGGCCGAAAAUUGCAGAUCAGUUUUUUUCUUAAAAUAUUUGUUUUAGUCGAUUUUAAAAGAUUUUUAGCAUCCGAGUUGACCCGCCUAGUAUAGUUGUACACAAUGUCUGCUCCGCAAGCACAGCUCGACUUUUUUUUGACGGCGGGAAGUAUGCUGGAAUGGCAUGACAAUCUGGACAGAAAUAAGCCGGGUCUGCUGGAAUUAACUGGCGUUAGUCAACAUGGACGAGCCACGAUGAGUGGGCUCAACGACUACGAUUACCAGAGCCUGUCGUUUCUGAAAUCCGAGGAAACACAUAACCUACAACAACUGCGGACUGUGACCAAAUCGGCAAUUCCCAACGAGAUCCUGGAGCACUUCAAGCACAUAAAAUGUCACUGCACCAUGGGCCUCUUUCCGGAGAUUGGUCGCGCCUGGCUCACCAUCGAUUCGGAGAUCUACAUUUGGACCUUCACUCAGACGCGGGAUGUGGCCUACUACGACGGAUUGAGCCAUUUAAUCGUAAGCGUCGGCCUGGUGAAACCUAAAGCCGGCGUUUUUGUCCAAGAUGUCAAGUACCUCCUUCUGCUCACCACGCCAAUCGAGGUCAUUGUAUUGGGCGUAACAUUCGGCGAGAGCUCGUACAGCGAAAUGCAGCUGAUGAACAGACCCAUUUUCGUGAUCGGCACCGACAACGUGUCCAUCAGCGUCAUCAAGGGAACGGAUGACGGACGCAUCUUUCUGGGCGGCCGCGACGGCUGCCUCUAUGAGGUAUUCUACCAGGCGGAGUCCAGUUGGUUCGGCAAACGCUGCAAGAAGAUAAAUCUCUCCCAAGGACUGGUCUCCUACAUGGUUCCCAGCUUCCUUAAAGUUUUUUCGGAAGUCGAUCCAAUCGAGCGUAUAGAGAUUGAUAACAGCCGCAAGCUUCUUUACGUUUUGACGGAAAGAGGUUCGAUUGAAGCGUGGGACAUCAGCACGGAUUAUACGAACGCGAGAAGGCUGGGGCGAAUCACCCAGAAUGAUAUUACGAACCAAGCAGUUAGUCUAAUCACAACUGUGGACCCUUCUAUUUUCAAAAGUGUCAAAGCCAUCUGCCCCCUGAACGCCGAUGACGCCGGCAAAUUGCAUCUUGUGGCUGUGACGCAAUGCGGUGUGCGGCUUUAUUUCUCCACAACGUCGCUAAACGUGCAGCACCAAUUCGGUCCAACUGCGGCCUGUACCCAGGCAGAGAGUACAGGAUUCGGUCAGCCAGCAACGCAGCGCCCAUUGCCAGCCGGAGCCGACUCACCGAAGGGGCUCUAUCUGCUUCACGUGCGCCUACCGCCCGGCUACACGCCAAACGCCACCACCAAUAAGCCCAAGCAGGUCCAUGCCGCCCACUACACGGAGGGCACCAUGCUGAUGAUCACCACGCAACAACAGGAGCAGGAUCUGCUCUGGUCAGUCAGCUCGGCUCCAUCGGUUAAUUUCACUUACUUGGUGGAGUCGACAGCUCUCGAGAGUCUGGAUGGAGUGGUAUGGGGCUUGGCCGAGGUGCAUGAACCGUCGACGCCGCUCCUAAAAUCUCCCUUGAACAGUGCACGUCACUCCCGCAAGGUAGCGCUACUCACCAACCAGGGCACACACAUAAUAGAGCUGCUCAAAAUGGUCGACGUUUUGCGCCAGAUCCUGCUAUCGUGUAAUGGCCCGCACCACGAGGAAGUUAAGCUGUUCUUCCAGUCGCAAAAUCAGCGAGAGGCGUGUGUCACCGCCCUGUUGCUGGCCACUUCGGAUAAAUAUCGUGGCGGAGACAUCGCCUUGUGGGCCACCCAGGCGUUCAUGUUGUACGGCGGGGAGCCGUGCUUUCAGCAUCAAAAGUUCCUAAACGCUAAUAACCGCAACUUGGGGAAUCAAACAAUAGGUCCAAAUAUCACUACCGGAAGGGAGCGCCAACCCAUGUUCAUGUCCACGCCAAUGCCAAAUACAGCGGCAAACAGUCCUGUGUCUUAUCCUGGAUCACAGUUCAAUCAGCCCAUCAGUCCAAUUGGAAAUAUGCAACCUUCACAAGCUGUUAGUAACGAGAAUUCAUCGAUCGUGUUUUCGGCCAAACACGACGGACUAUACUUGUAUGUCUCCCGGAUGUUGCGUUCAAUUUGGCAAUUGCCUUGUGUAAAUGAGAACUUUUGCUCCAAUCUGAGUCAUAGCGAUUGUGCCCUUUUGCAAUCAGAUCUGCGAUCGUUGCGCAGCUUCCUGGAAGUACAUUCUGUGCACGAUAUUUCCUCGUCUACCCGAGUCUCGUUCGACCCCCAUUUGGAAAGAACCAGUUCCUAUAACACCAUUAUGAUGAACAACAGUCUAUUGCCAAUGUCUGAGCAAAGGAUUUUGACAGAGCAGGCUCAAGUCGAAGAAAAACGAUCACUGUCAGCUCUUAACCUCUUUGUCAAACACGCUUGUGAGGUUAUAUCACUUUGGAGCAUUCUAAACUCGCACUCCUUUCAACUUAUUUGCUUGCAACUCAGCCCCGAACAUCAGAAGAUGUUGAAGUGCUGUACCUUCCGUGACCUCCUCCUCACACGUUCUGAGGUCUGCGCAUUCUUGAUCAUUUCACUGAUUAAUCUGUACCUCAAGGACAAGGCGGGAGUAUCCGAAGUAUCCAUGAACUUGCGUGAGAAUUGUCCUAAUAUAUACAGGCAUGAGGAUGAUGUGACUUACAAAGCCACCGAGUUGUUAAUGAAUGCCAAGAACUGUACUUCGCCCACCGAAAAGGAGCAAAAGCUGAGAACCACCCUGCAAAUGUGCAAGGAAGCUGCUCCAACCCUGCCACUGCAUAGUAUUUGCCAACAGUUCAUUUCCGCUGACUUCUUCGAGGGCGUAAUCGAGCUUUCGGCCGUGUGUGCAUCAAAAAGUGACCCGGAGGAGGUUGGCGUCCACUUCUACAAUAACGGGGAACCAGCUGAAGACCGCGAGGGUUACACUUGCUUUGCCACAAGAAUGACCUACUACAAGGAAGUGCAACUUAUGCUGGACCAUAUCUACCAGACUGCAUGCAACAAGUCGCACAUUCAGGACCAAACGCAAUCGCCUGGUCAACUCAAAAAUGCUGCCAAAGCCACCGAUGCGACAAAUGCAGCAAAACUAACCAUCCCUAAAAUUGUGGCACAGACCCUGCGGGUAAAGGACCCCCUGAUCCAUGUUACUCUCUACGAAUGGCUGCUCGCCCACGACAUGCUCAGCGAGCUUUUGGACGUGGUCGAGCCAUCGCUGGGAGAGUUCUUGCGCCGCAGUGUUUCGCGCAAUGGGGAGAACGUUGUCCUGAUCGAUUUGUUGUGGAAGUAUUACGAAAAGAAUGGCCAUCAUUCCCAGGCAGCCCAUAUAUUGGACAACUUGGCUAUGACACGCAGUGAAAACAUAAUUCUGGAACAGCGCAUCGAGUAUUUGGUGCGUGCUGUUAUGUGUAUGCGAAAUGGGAAUGUUGGCUCUUCUUUAACUAAUGGAAUAUUCCUGAAAGAACUGGAAGACAAGCUGGAUAUCGCACGAGUUCAAAAGGCAGUGCUGGUCGCAAUGACAGAGUUGGCUUGCAAUAAGCUGGAGGCCGCCACGGCUGUAAAAGAGUUAAAUUAUUCGCUGUACGAUAUCACACAGCUUUAUCAGCACUUUGCAGAGCCAUUCGAUCUGUGGGAGUGCCAAUUGUCCAUAUUAAACUGUUCCCAUCACAACGAUCCCCUUCUGAUCGAGUCGGUCUGGGGUAACAUAAUAAAUAGCGUUGUGGAUGAGCCAGGCUCAACCCAAGAUCGAUGCAACAGAUUGUUCACGAAAAUCGAACUCUUGGUAAGGGAGUACGGCGAAUCGGGAGCCUGCUUUCCCUUUGCUUUCCUCAUAAGAGAGCUGGAGAUCAAAGCCUGCCAACUGCGCCUGCCCGAGGGAAUAGUGCCGGAAAAACUAGUAACCAUGAAUCUAGACGUUGAACUGCUCCUGGAAUACUACUCGAGAAUGAUUUCAAUGAACGAACGAGUUUGGGCAAAUGAAGGCAAUGAGUGGCAUUUAAUCCAAUCCGCCAUUCGGGUGGUCUCCCUCCUCGCAGACAACGCACAAUCCAUUUGGUACCGCUCAAAAAGACGAAUUAUUGGCAAGGCCCAAGACAUAGUAGCGGGCUGCUUGAAUAUUUGCUACCAAAAGCCGGACACCAAUCGUCUUCAGCAUUCACUCAAGGAACUUCAAAGUCGGCUACAGCGGUUAUUGGUUUGAAGCCCCAUCGCAGCUUAAAAUAUUAAUUUUGAUUGAAUUUGAAAUUGCUGGACUAGACGUUAAGUUUGACUGAGAUAUAUAUUGUAUUUGUAUUAAACAUGUUAAAUAAAUUGAUUCCCCCACA